AUGCGGGUGUACGACGUAGAGAUUCAGCUGUACGGGGAGACGCACAUGAUUCCGAUCGACGAGGACCUAACCCUGCUGGAGGGGAUCGAGGAAUUCGGCCUGGAGGUGCUGUACUCGUGCCGCGCCGGCGUGUGCAUGACGUGCGCCGCGAAGAUCCUCGCGGGCGACGUCGACCUCGGCGCCGCGUCCAUCACAGACGAUCUGAAGGACCAGGGCUACGUGCUUACGUGCUCCGGCUUCCCUAGGUCCGAGGGCAUCAAGCUUGAGAUGAACCACUUUGAUGACGCGUAUGAGAAGCAGUACGGCCAGUUUGAGAACGACAAUUAG